AAGAGUGAGACAUUUUUCAUCAUCUGUGAUAUAUUUCCCUGAUCUCUCUUCCCAUCCCGUGUUCUCUCUUCCAAACUACCACAUGGAACCCUCUUGCACACCCCAACAAGUUUUUUUUUUCUUUUUCUACGUUAGUAUUGUUUGAAAUCGAUGAGAUCUUUUGUGCUAAGUCAAGCAAAAUAUCCCCCAAAAAUCUACGUUUAUCUUAAUCAAAGUCAGUCAUUCAAUCGUUUAUCAAAUACAGUCAAUUCCAAUGAAGACCCAACAGGUAUCGGUUGACUUCUUCACAAGCUUCCAGUAUUUCUUCCGUAUAGGAAAAGGGCACUGUUCCAAGCCAUUGUCAUAACCUGCGAUUGAAAUUACUCAUUUCAAUUCAUCCACUUCCUUCUCUAUUCCUACAAUGGCAGCAGCAUGCGUUGGUGGUGCACUUCUUUCUGCUUUCCUGCAGGUUGCAUUUGACAGGCUAGCUUCUCCUAAGGUUCUACACUUCUUUCGUCGAAGGAAGCUCGAUGAAGCACUGCUCAGUAAAUUGAACAUCAAAAUGUUGUCCAUCAAUUCUCUUGCUGAUGAUGCAGAACAAAUGCAGUUCCGAGAUACACGGGUCAAGGCAUGGCUUUUUGCUGUCAAAGAUGCUGUGCUUGACGCAGAGGACCUCUUGGAUGAAAUAGACUAUGAACUCACCAAAUGUGAAGUGGAAGCUCAGUCUGAAUCUCAAAGCCUUAGUAACAAGGUAUCAAGUUUCUUCCAUUCUACUUUCAGUUCAUUUAACAGGAAAAUUGACUCAGGCUUGAAACAAGUCCUCGAGAAGCUAGAAUAUCUCGCGAGCCAAAAGGAUUAUCUUGGUUUGAAAGAGGCUACUUAUUCUGGUCUUCGACCAGGCAGUGUAGUGCAACAAAAAUUGGCAUCAACUUCCUUGGUGGCUGAAAAUGUUAUUUAUGGAAGAGAUUAUGACAAAGAAACUAUCUUUAAUUGGAUCACAUAUGAAACUGACAAUCGUAACCAGUUAUCAAUACUUUCUAUUGUGGGCAUGGGUGGAGUGGGUAAGACCACACUUGCCCAACAUGUGUACAAUGACCCAAGGAUGGAGGAGGCUGAUUUUAGCAUCAAAGCUUGGGUUUGCGUUUCAGAUGAUUUUGAUGUUAUGGUGGUGACAAGUACAAUUCUUGAGGCAAUCACUAAAUCCAAAGAUGAUAGUAGAAACCUAGAAAUGGCUCAUGGAAGACUGAAAGAAAAACUGUCGGGGAAAAAGUUCUUUCUCGUUUUGGAUGAUGUGUGGAAUGAAAGACGAGAGAAAUGGGAAGCUGUGCAAACUCCUCUUAAUUUUGGAGCAUCCGGAAGUAAAAUUCUUGUAACAACACGUAGUGAGAAAGUUGCUUCUACAAUGCGGUCAAGUAAAGUGCAUCGCCUAAUGCACUUACAAGAAGAUCAUUGCUGGGAUGUUUUUGCAAAACAUGCACUCCAAGAUGAUCAUCCUCAAUUGAAUGCCGAGCUGAAGGAUAUUGGCAUAAAGAUAGUUAAAAAGUGUAAAGGAUUACCUCUAGCCCUGAAAGCAAUUGGAAGUCUUCUGCACACAAAGUCAUUGUUUUCGGAAUGGCAAUGUGUAUUGGUAAGCAAGAUAUGGGACACGCCAAUAGAAGAGAAUGAAAUUAUGCCUGCUCUUUUACUGAGCUAUCAUCACCUUCCUUCGCAUCUCAAGAGAUGUUUUGCUUAUUUUGCUUUGUUUCCCAAAGAUUACAAGUUUGACAAGCAGAGUAUAAUUCUGUUAUGGAUAGCUGAAAAUUUUCUAGAAUGCCCCCAACAUAAUAAGAGUCCAGAAGAAAUUGGUGAAUUGUACUUUGAUGAUCUUUUAUCAAGGUCUUUCUUUCAACAGUCAAGUGGAUUGGAAUCAUGUUUUGUCAUGCAUGACCUUCUCAACGAUUUGGCAAAAUAUGUUUGUGGAGAUAUAUGCUUCAACUUAGAAGUUGAUAAAGCACUGUGUAUACCAAAAAUGGCUCGUCAUUUUUCAUUUGCAAUCAAAGACAUCAAGUAUUUUGACAGUUUACAUGAUGCGAAAAGGUUACGAACAUUUAUUCCACUUCCUGCUUAUGUGAGAGUGUCCUCUUUAAACGAUCCAUGGCAAUGCAAGAUUCCAGUUCAUGAGUUGUUCUCCAAGUUUAAGUUCAUACACACCUUAUCUUUGCUAUGUUGUUCUGGCCUCCUAGAGGUGCCUGACUCAAUAGGUGAUCUUAAACAUCUACGUUCUUUAGACCUUUCCAGGACUGACAUAAGAAAACUACCCGAUUCAAGUUGUUUGCUCUACAACUUGCAAAUACUAAAGUUGAACUUUUGUCUCCUUUUGAAGGAGUUGCCUUCGAAUUUGUACAAACUCAACAAUUUACGUUGCCUUGAAUUUAUAGCUACUUCAGUGAGAAAGGUGCCAAUGCAUAUGGGGAAGAUGAAGAAUCUCCAAGUACUGAGUUCGUUCUAUGUUGGCAAAAGUAAUGAAUUCGGUAUUCAACAGCUCGUAGGACUCAAUCUUCAUGGAGGGCUAUCUAUUGGUGAUAUGCAGAAUAUUGUGAAUCCCUUGGAUGCUUUACAAGUAGAUUUGAAAAAUAAAAAGCACCUUGUAAAGCUAGAGUUGGAAUGGAAUUCACACCAUAUCCCAGACAAUCCAAGGAAUGAAAAACAAGUACUCGAGUAUCUACAACCUCCCAAACACUUAAAGAAUUUCUCAAUCAAUCACUAUGGUGGUACACAGUUUCCAAGUUGGUUAUUUGAUAAUACCUUAUCAAACUUGGUGUCAUUAAGCUUGAUAGGCUGUAAGUUUUGCCUGCAUUUGCCUCCCCUCGGGCUUUUGCCAUUUCUCAAGCAGCUGGUGAUUAUAGAGCUUGAUGGGAUAGUGGGUGUUGGUGCUGAGUUCCAUGGGAGUAGCUCGUCUUCAUUUACAUGCUUGGAAACAUUGUACUUCUUUAAUAUGAAGGAGUGGGAAGAAUGGGAUUGUGAAACUGAUUUCCCACGUCUUCAACAUCUUUCUAUAAUACAUUGCCCCAAGCUCAAAGGGCUGCCAAAGCAACUUCUUCACGUAAAGCAAAUAAUUAUCUGUGAAUGUGAAACGUUGACCAUUAGCGGACACAACAUGGAAUCAUCAACCCUGGAAAGGAUUGGGGAUACCAUAACUAAUAAUUCUCUUGAAGUGUUGCACAUUUAUUCUUGUCUGUCCAUGAAUAUUCCAUUGAGACUUUGCUACAAUUUACUUGUAACACUGGAGAUAGAUGGAGCCUUUGACACUCCAAUUACCUUUCCUCUAGAUUUCUUCCCAAAACUCUUUUCACUCAAACUCGGGUGUUGUAAUCUGCAAAUGAUUUCACAAGAUCACACUCAUAAUCAUCUCAAGGAUUUGUGUAUCAGCAACUCACCACAAUUUGAAUCAUUUCCCAUGGAAGGAUUAUCUGCCCCCAGGCUGGUAAAAUUUAGUAUUAAAGAAUUGAUGAACUUGAAAUUAUUGCCCAAACGCAUGGAUAUCCUCCUUCCAUCUCUUACAGACUUACAAAUAUUAGAUUGUCCACAAGUGGAGUUGUUCUCUGAUGGAGGUUUUCCAUCAAAUCUAAAUACCAUGGAUCUCUCAGACUGCUCCAAAUUUAUGGCCUCAAUGAAAAUGGCUUUAGGAGCCAACAAUUCUCUAGAAGUGUUGUCUGUUCGAAAAUUGAAUGUGGAGUCUUUUCCUGAUGAAGGUUUCUUGCCUUUCUCUCUUACUUGUUUAGAAAUCAGGAACUGUUCAGAUCUAAAAAACCUUGACUACAAGGGUCUCUGUCACCUCUCCUCUCUUCAGAAAUUGUUGUUGUUUAACUGCUCCAACCUCCAAUGUUUACCAGAGGAGGGUUUGCCCAAUUCCAUUUUAGAACUUAAAAUUGUUGGUUGUCCAUUGCUUGAGCAGUGUCAAGACUAUAAGACUGGGAAUUGAUUGCUCACGUUGAAAACGUAUUCAUUGGAGCUGAGCUAUGAACUCCAAGUUUGAAAUCACACAUCAGGUAUUGAAAUUACAUGCGUUUGAACCUUUGAACCUUUUUUAAAUACAAUCUUAGCUAUUGCAAUUUGCAAAUAUUGCCCAAGUACCAACAAAAGCGUUUCAACCAAA